UAUGAACUGGAUUGUGCAUAUCUCAAAAAAUGGCGAAUGAUAAAUUUCUGUUCAUUGCUUGAAAGCACAAUUCCUAGUACCAUUUAAAUCGUGUGGAAUAUUACAUUUUGUAAUUACGUCAAUCUCAACAAUGGCUGACGCAGAAGUUGAGCGGAGAAAUUUGUCUCGAUUCUUCUGCCACCAAUGUAACGUUGAAUUCAAUCAAGUUUUACAGAAUUAUUCUUGUCCGUUUUGUAAUGGGGGCUUUGUGGAGCAAUUGGAGGGUAGUACGGAGGCACAGGAUCAGUCUGGAGAUGACUUCACUGAUGCCGACAUGAGUAAUAUUGGAGACAUGAGCGGUGUGGAGGAUAAUGAAGUGCGGUCAAAUCAAAGUCGACCAGGUGUGACACCAAUUUUUAACGAUAUGGCGUCAUUCAUGGCAGCGGCAGGACUACGGACUCCAGUACCAGGGCCAGAGUUUGUGCAAGAGUUAAUAAUGCUGCUAGAAAACGGUCGACCUCGCACUGGUGUGGUAACCGCAGGAGCACCUCUAGUAUUUGUUGGAGCCCCCGGAGACUAUGUGUUAGGUGGGGAAGGCCUAGAUGCAGUUAUAACACAAAUGCUGGGUCAACUGGAUAACACAGGCCCGCCGCCGCUACCAGGAGAGCAGCUGGCGGCGCUGCCCACUGAGACCAUCUCAGCGGAGCAGGCCGCGGAGAACACCACCUGCUCUAUCUGUUGGGAGAACUUUCUAGAAGGUGAGUCGGUAUCGCGCUUGGAGUGCUUGCAUAUGUACCACUCGACGUGCAUCCGGCCAUGGCUGCAGCUGCACGCCACUUGUCCCAUCUGCCGGCGCUCGCUGAUCCCGCAGCCUCCGCCCGGCAACCCCGCUCCGCAGCCAACAGUCACCUCACGACGUCUAUACACACCACCGUCACUACCACGAGUGAUACUAAGGAGGUUAACGAGGCGACCGCAAACGACUGGGCCUCAGACACAGACUUGGGACUCUCUGGCAGACUCGAGCAGCACCUCGGGUUCAACAUCCACGACGUCGUCUGUGACGACGGGAGGUGUGUGGGCCCCGCAGCGCUCCACCUCAAACUCCACGGGCAGCAAUUCCACCACAUCCCUCAAUUCCAGCAAUGACCGGGGCGAGCGUCAGUACAAUAUGGAUAUUGACUAUGACUAGAACAUUCCGGGCAAUCUAUGGAGUGUACAAAGUGAAUUGUGUACAAACAAUUGUUGCUCAAAGUGAUUUAUUUUAUUUAUCAAUAGAACAUAUUUCAGUUUGUGAUUUUUGGUGAUUCGUUUUAAAUUAUAAAUGAACGGUUUAUAUUGUGCCUCGGUUUAUUAUCCAGUGCUGAGAUAUUCAGGUAAUGUUUUUUUUUUUCUGAUUAUGUAAAUAGAGUUCAGAAUAUAUAUGCAAAGACUACAGUACUUGCGUGCUUGUUAUUUCAAAUGUUAGUAAAUACAUCAAAUAAGUUCAUAUAAAACUUACUUUGAUAUAUUUUUGUAUACAUAUUACUAAGUUAUUGGACAGUUGCCGAUGUUUAAUAUAAAAUCUGCCACAUUGUGGUAUGGCUAAUCUUAUAAAGCAAUCAAGUUUCCUGUCUAAGGUAUAUAAGAGGUUAAUAUGACUGUUAUCAGGCAUUUUGUAGCUAAAUUAAUAUAAUUAUAUGCACCUACAAAGCAAAGUAUGAAUAAAUAUAGCAAAAUGUUACUUUAUCCAACAUUUGAAGUAAGAAUAUCUUAUAUUCUUACUACAAUUUGCUAUCAUAUUAAAUUGUUUAAACUUUCGUGAGACAUCAUAAUAAAUUAAUUAAGAAA